AUGCAGCACGACAAGAACGCUACGGGAACGGCUGGUGUAAGCCUAUCGUCCAUCAUGCCUUAUGAUAGUUUCGUCCAACAACAACAACAACAACAGGAACCAUCAAGUGGUAGUUCAUUGCUGCCUACUCGAUUGAUAUCAUCGAAGUCUUCUGAGCUAUUAAGUUCAGAUGGAGGGGAUUCUCCAGAUAUACAGGAUCCACUGCAACAGCAACAGCAUCAGAGUGAAACGACGCAGAAAUUGUUAGUUCAUCUGAGUUCGACUAUUAGCAGCGGUCAAGUAUCACACGCAGUAAUACCUGAACAAAUUUACAUAGCUGCUGCAGCUGUAGAAGAAGCGAAACUGCUGGAAACCAGGAAACAGCAACUUCUUCAAAAAUUGCAACAACAAUUAAACAGCAAUAAGGUAUCUUCCGUAAAUGGUACCGCUAAUGCAGCCGUUGCAGCGCAACUUUGGCUGCAACAAAGCUGUGCUACAACGGCUUCAUUACAGGAGCAGCAGCAGCAACAACAACAACAGCUGGCAAAUAAGGCAAACCAAAAUCAGCCUCCGAUAAUUUUAACCAAUCAUUCAACCACUGGAAAUCUCAUAUCUGAAACACUUGUACAACAACAAAUUACAGCACUUCAACAGGAUGCUCAAGAGCAACAACAACAAUUGCAGCAAACUGCAUUCCUGAAUUCCGAUUAUCAGCAGCUUGUACAAAAUGGUGAUUUACGAUUGAAGUGUCAAAAUGAACAGCAAUCAUUAUCAGAUUCCAAAGCUGCUACAGUACCACAACAUCAUACUCUUUUAUCACCUCAUUCUAUGGUACAUGCUGACGAUGGUUGCAGUGCUUUCCGGCAACCACAACGUCAGCAGUACUUCUUGGAUCGAAAUACGGAUCGUGGUACUACUGCAAUAACAACGGUAACUCGAGAUUGUGAUCAUACACCAGGUUUCACUGUACCAUCAUCAUCAUCAUCACCAUCAACUCCGUUUGUGACAUCGUUACCGCGGAAUCAUAUCACGUCUGUGGAAAGGGAUUACCACAAUAGAGAAGACAACACCGAAUCAAAGCUUGUCAUCAGUGAUAUCGAAAUGACCGAUGAUUAUAAUAAAACUGAUAAAACAAGUGGGGCCUAUCCGGUUAGCAAAGUAUCUGACGAAAGAGGCGAAAUAAAAGGACAACUGUUAUUAACAACCGGAAGCAGCAAUGAAAUUAUUGGCAUAUCGACAUAUGCAACUGUGGGUGCAGUGAUUCAUGCGGAUAAUGAUGAAUUUGAUGAAAAAAUGAAUAAUCCCGAUGAACAACCACGAAUGAAGUCUAUUUUAGAUUUCGUGAAUGGCGAGGUUGGAAUAGAUGUUGAGCAUAAAGAAAGUGAUGACGAUGAAACGGUUGAAAAACCGAUAGUAGAUGAUGAUGCCGGAAACAGAUUAGUUGAUGAUAGUGACACCAGACUUCUGAUGAAUAAUAUGGAGUCUCCCGAAAUACACAGAGCACAUACGGGAACACCUUUUGAGCAAACUCGAUUUACAGCAAUGCGCAUUGAAGAACGUAUCCUAAACGAAAAAUUAACCCCUUCCACAACAUCCUCAACAGCAACAUCCUCAGGUUCCGCUGCCAACACUCUUAGUCCAUGUCAUCGUUUUGUACCGCAAACAGUAUCUACAGCACCAAGUCCAAGAUCCGAAUCCGUUUCGAGUGCGCCUGGUUCGUCAACAUUUUGCCGUGCUCCUGGCCUAGGUCCGGUGAACACAACAGAAACGCAGCAAUCUGGCACUUCACUUCCGCUUGUCUGUAACAUCUGUGGCUUCUCAUGCAAUUCCAAAUUUCACUACAAUUCUCAUAUGAACACCCAUGGUGAUCAUCAAUGCACGAUGUGUGAUUAUACGUCACGCACGGAAGGACGUUUAAAGAAACAUAUGCGUGAUUCACAUACCGUUGAGGAACAACUUGCUGCAGGUCUCGACGUGGAGCAAGCGUUAACUAGCAGUACUUCGACAUCCAGUACACCUGUGGCAUGUAUUACAACAACGCCAGUUGAUGGUAGUAAUUUUUCUACCUCAAUGGCUUCGGUCUUGGAGGCAGCUAAUUUGGCAGCAGCUGCGCAAGCUGCGGCACAAGCCGCUGUUGCUAGCUGUUCAUCAAACUCAAGCAGUGAUCCAGCCACAUCAGUACCAAGUGAUUCCAGUAGUGGUCUCAGUUUGCCAUCCGGUUCGGGAACUCCGCCGUCCAGCGAUGUUAUUUCAUCAUCAUCACUUUCCAGUGCUGUACAAUCUAUAAGCGGAUUGAUGCCAUCAGCAUUGGAUCAAAUUCGUGCAUUUACAGAAAAUCCAAGUGUGCUACCGGAUUUAUCAUCAGCAAAUUUAGCAACAGCAUUGAUUUCACAGGGUCUUCUUAGUUCACAAGCAUUCCACGAAAGUAUGAAAUCGAUAAAUAGCGACGAACGAUCAGUCAGUCCGGUGAACGGUGAUAAACCAAGGCAAUGUUCGAGUAAACCAAAAACUUACAAAUGCAAACAAUGUUGUCAUAUCAGUACUUCCAAGGAAGAGCAAUGGGCCCAUGCCCGAACUCAUAUACCCGUCGAGAAGCAACUUGGCUGUACACGAUGCGGUUUUGUCACCGAAUACAAGCAUCAUUUGGAAUAUCAUUUACGAAAUCAUAUGGGAUCUAAACCAUUCCACUGUAAGAAGUGCGCUUAUUCCUGUGUCAACAAAUCGAUGCUUAAUUCACAUAUGAAAUCACAUACAAAUAUUUACCAAUUUCGUUGUCGUGACUGUACUUAUGCUACAAAAUAUUGUCACAGCUUGAAAUUACACCUGAGGAAGUACAAUCAUAAUCGAGCUACUGAUGUCACUGAUUCAGCUGUAAGCAUUGCUGUCAGUGCUACCGCUGGCACUAGUAAUCUUUGCAAUGGCUCAGCGCAAGCAGUUACGGAAAGUGAUGAUACGACAAUGCGACGUCGUAGCGAAUCUCUUGUUGUACAGUCCGGUGAUGGUUCUUCACCGGAACCAUUACCAACAACAUCAACUAUGGCGCAAGAGUUAAGUGCUGCACUGGGCAUGACACCAGUUGUCACCAGCAAUUCUCUAAAUAUAGCUUCACAUCUACUUUUCCGUCAACAACAUCAGAUGGAAGAAAUGGAAUUAUUGCUUCGGUUGAAAAAUAUGGCUGGAAUGAAUCCAGGUGCUAUACUUGGCAUAUCUUUGCAAUGUCCAGCAUGUAGUUAUCAAGCGAUCAAUCAGAGCGAUAGUUUACGACAUCAACUGGGCCAUCUGAUUGGUCCAAAUGGCGAAAAUCCGCUUAUUCCGCUGUAUAAUAUAUUUGGCAUGCCACAAACAGCUGGUGAUGUACCCAGCGAAGCAUCAUUCGAAUCAAAUAGUAAUCUGAACGAACAAAUGGAACAGCAAGAUGAAGAAAUGGAAAUGGAAGCGUCAAAAGUGGAUGUGGAUGAUUUUAUCGGUGGUGCUGAAGUUGAUGAAAAACCUAGCAUAGACGAUUCGGAAGAUCAUAUUAUGAGUGAUAUUUCCGGUGAAUCACAAGAUUCACCGAGUUCCGGAAAAAGCAGCAUUGAUGAGGGUUCAUCUGGCAUUGAACAAGAAAGCGAUAAAGGUGCAAAAAAGCGAAAAGCUGGUCUGAAGCUAAACCAAAUUGCUGCACGACUUCAGGAGAAAAAUUCACCUGAAAACCCCGGCUCCAGUGAUAGCCUGAAUGACUCUAAGUAUGAAGGCUUGCUAUUAUCAGGAAUAAAGGAAAAUCCAAUGAAUGAAAUGAGUGGAACUUCCUUAGGCAUAACUUUAGAAUCACAAGAAGCGCCAUCAAUAUCAUCGUUACCAUCAACAACACCGCUAGCACCACAACCACAAAUAGUACCACCUCUAGGAAUGCAUAAUGAUCUAAUUAAUUUAAGCAAUUUAAAUAUUUUCCAACAAGCAUGUAUCGCUCAUAUGCAAGAAAUGGAGCGUAAGUUACAUAUCUUAGAGAUGUGGCGUUUUUCAUGCGGACAUUGCAAAAUGGCAUUCCAAGAUGAGCCAUUAUAUCAUAUUCAUAUGGGAUAUCACGGAUAUGAGAAUCCAUUCAAAUGUAAUCGUUGCGGCCAAGCAUGUUCUGAUUUUCUUACAUUCAAUCUUCAUUUGCUACAAGCAAAACAUUAA